AUGGCACCCUACCCUCCAGAGCGCGUAGCUGAGUCUAAACCGUUCACACACGUCGGCGUCGACUACUUUGGCCCAAUGACAGUCAGAGAACAUGGACUCAUCCACAAGGUAUGGGUGUGCCUAUUUACGUGCAUGGUCACACGUGCCAUCCACCUCGAGCUUGUUGCUGACAUGACCACAGAACAGUUCCUGAUGGCAUUGCGCAGAUUUGUGGCAAGAAGAGGAGUACCGCGCAAGAUCUUCUCUGACAACGCUCAGCAAUUCCUGCUUUCGAAAUCGACUCUACAGCUUGCUUGGGAAGCCAUUGUGAAGGAUGACCACACUCUUAAUUAUGCUGCUUCCCAUGGAAUCGAAUGGAUUUGCAUUGUGCAACUCUCCCCAUGGAUGGGCGGGUUCUAUGAACGGUUGAUUGGAAUCGUGAAGAAAGCCCUCCGUAAGUCUAUUGGCAGACUAGUUCUCGGAACAACGGAGCUGUCAACCAUUCUCGUCGAAGUUGAAGCAGUAGUAAAUUCACGACCGCUGGUGUACGUAAGCGAUGAGAUCUAUACGGUCUUAACACCUGCCCACUUCUUAUCAUUAUCAGCCGAAAUCAGUCUACCCCAAGGGCAUGUAGAAGAGGACCCUGAUUUCGCCCCAACAAUGUCGUCAGCGGAACUGCUACUUUCUACGUGGAAGAAAGGUCAGAAGCGAUUGAAUGAGUUUUGGAACUGUUGGAGAUCUGAAUACCUAACCAGUCUACGAGAACGGCAACAAUCGCAGUUGAAACAGGUUGCUCAUUCUACCGUGAAGCCAAGGAUUGGACAUGUGUGCCUCAUCAAGGAUGACGCGCCCAGAGGUAUGUGGAAACUGGGUAUCAUCAGCGAACUUCACGCUAGUCGUGAUGGAGAAACGCGUUCCGCCACUGUGAGGACGCCCAAUAACAAGCUCCUACGGCGCUCACUACAGCACCUAUAUCCGUUGGAGUGUGAGUCUGCUCGACCUGCUGACCACUCGUCGAAUGAACCACAGCCUCCCGCUGUAACCAACGACGCACACGUCCCUGCAACAGCUUCUCGACCGGUAAGACGAGCUGCUAUCGAAGGCUUAGGACGUGUCCUGGAUUUGCACGAGGCAGACUUGGUUUAG